AUGCCGCCCAGGCUUCCAUCCGAGGCAUUCUGCCUCAACCGGUCCAGCUGGACUGCGCAAUUUCUCCUCGAUACAACUACCAAACGCUUCUUCGGCAUCAGAUCCCUCACUCCCCCCAAAAGCACCAAUUAUAAUGCCGGUCCAGAUCUUCCUCUCCUCAAAUCCACACCGCAAGCUGCCCUCGAGCGCCGACUAAAAGCAAAUACGAUGCCGCUACGGACGGGGCUGUUGGCGAUCAAGAAGGGUAUGACCGGUUUAUACGACCCUGAGACCGGCAAACGUACCCCGUGCACUGUCCUACAGCUCGAUCGAUGCCAGGUGGUUUCCCACAAGACAUUGGAUAAACAUGGAUACUUUGCGGUGCAAGUCGGUGCCGGUUUCAAAAAGCCGCAACGAUUGACGAAGGCCUUGCUGGGACACUUUUCGGUAAAUGAAGUCGCGCCCAAGAGAUAUGUACACGAGUUUCGAGUCAAGGACGAAACUGGGCUGCCGGAAAUCGGCCGCACGUUGUCGGCAGAUUGGUUUCAGGUGGGACAGUAUGUUGAUGCGCGCUCGAAUACGAAGGGUAAGGGAUUUGCGGGUGUCAUGAAAAGGCAUGGUUUCCAUGGUCAGGAUAGGAGUCACGGUGUUAGUUUGACCCAUCGUUCGAUGGGUUCGGCUGGUCCUAGUCAGGGUGGUGGUUCUCGUGUCUAUCCUGGAAAGAAGAUGGCGGGAAAUAUGGGCAAUUUGCAGAAUACACUACAGAAUUUGAAGGUUUUGGAGAUUGACGCCGCAAAUGGUAUUAUCGUUGUCAAUGGCUCUGUCAGCGGACCCAAAGGCUGUCUCGUCCAGCUCCAAGAUGCGCUCAAGAAACCAUGGCCAAAGGUCGAGUCCACACCUCUACCGCAAACCAUGGAUAAAUGA